UUUAGCUGAUGUAUAUGGAAAUGAAAACAGAGUUACAGCAGAGAAAUUCCUUUCAUUCAAUAUGAAAAAAAGAAUUAUCACAAAAGUAAUACUGAAUGGAAUUGAUCGUGAAUAUUUGUUCAACACUUAUAAAAUUAUGCAUAGAGCACAAAAUGUACACGCUGUGAUAAAUGCAGGAUUCUUUUUUAAAAUGAAAAGUGGUGUGGUAAAUUACUGUAGAAUAGUUUACGGAGGAAUAAAUCCACAAUUUGUACACGCCUUUAACACCGAAAAGUAUUUGUCGGGGAAAAAUUUGUUUGAUAAUGGCGUACUUCAAGAAGCUUAUAAACAACUAUCGAAUGAACUCAGACCUGAUUAUGUUUUACCAGACGAUUCUCCGGAAUAUAGAAAAAAUUUAUCCAUUGCCUUGUUUUAUAAGUUUAUUUUGAACAAUGCUCCUUCCGACAAAGUAUCUUCUAGGAACAAAUCUGGAGGAUCAUUGCUUCAACGACCUCUAUCUUCAGGGGUGCAAAGUUUUUCAACAAACAAAGACCUUUAUCCUGUCACUGAACCUAUGGUUAAAUUGGAAGCUCUAGCCCAAACAUCAGGACGAGCGGAGUACAUUGAAGAUAUGCCCGAUCUUCCCGGUCAAACUUUUGUUCAGUUAGUCACAGCCAGGGUACCACCUGGUUCCACCAUUACCAGUAUUGAUGCGUCCCCUGCUUUGGCCUUACCCGGUGUGAUUUCAUUUUACGAUAAAAGCGACAUACCAGGGGAAAACAAUUGGCUCCCAAAUACAAUUUGGGUGUACAUCACCGUAAAGGAAGAACUAUUUUGUGAAGGAAAAGUAAAAUAUUAUGAUCAACCUGUGGGUAUAAUUGUGGCUAAAACUCAAGAUCUGGCCAAUAAAGCUGCUGAUUUAGUUAAGAUUACUAGUACUCCUCCCCAACAAGAAUUAUAUAUAACCGUAGAGGAAGUUUUAAACGCUUCUAAAAACGUUCAAAAAGAAAGAAUAAAGGACAUGACAACAGUGAUAGCCAAACGAAGAGGAAAUGACGUUCAAAAAGUGGUAAAAGGGGAUUUUUAUAUCGACUUGCAGUACCAUUUCCACAUGGAGGUACAGUGUUGCAACGUGAUUCCAGUGGAAGACGGCCUUGACGUUUAUUCAUCCACCCAAUGGAUAGACGCAGUUCAGAUUGGAAUUGCUAACGUCUUAGGGAUCAAACAGACACAAGUGAAUAUGAAUGUUCGUCGUUUAGGUGGAGCCUUCGGUGGUAAACUAGUACGUAAUGGACUAGUAGGUGCAGCAACAGCUUUGGCAGCAUUCAAAGAAAAUAAACCAGCUAAACUGAGAUUAGAUUUGGAAAGGAACAUGAACAUAAUCGGAAAAAGAUGUCCACUGUACGUGAAAUAUGAAGUUGGCGUCAACAACCAAGGUGUCAUACAAUACUUGGACGCAGACUUAUAUACUGACAUAGGAGUCGGAGGUAACGAACCCGUUGAUCCUUAUCUAAGAGAUACUUUUACAAGCGGUUAUGAUACGGAUACUUGGAAUUACACAACUCACACUAUUAAAACUGACAAAUCUCCAACAUGUUGGGCCAGAGCUCCAGGUUCUAGUGAAGGACUAGCUGCAAUUGAAUCUAUUAUGGAACACAUUGCAACUGAAUUGGGUAUGGAUCCAUUUCAAUUGAAACGAAAUAACAUGGUUAAGGGAAACUACGAGAAACUUGUACAGUUCUCUAAUGAAAUGAUGAUAUGGGCUGAUGUUGACAAGAGGAAACAAGAGAUAGCGCAAUUCAAUCAGGAAAAUCGGUGGAGGAAACGAGGAAUAUCAGUUGUUCCAAUGGUUUGGACUUAUGAUGUGACCGCACUUUUUACUUUGCACAUUUCUAUUUUCCAUGGAGAUGGAAGUGUUGCUAUAGCUCAUGGUGGCGUUGAAAUGGGUCAAGGAAUUAACACCAAAGUUGCACAAGUUUGUGCAUAUAAGUUUGGAAUUCCUAUAGAUUUAAUAUCAAUUAAGCCUACAAACACUUUAUCAAAUGCUAACUCUUUUGGAACAGGUGGAAGUUUCACUACUGAGUCAGUUUGCUGGGCACUAAUUAAAGCAUGUGAUCAAUUAAUAGCACGCAUGAAACCAAUCAAAGACAAAAUGACCAAUCCAACAUGGUUUGAAUUAGUCACUAAGUGCUACCAAGAGUUUGUCUUGUUAUCUACCACAUCAUUGUAUUUCCCAGAACCUCCUCAAAUAGUAAACUAUUACAUCUACGGUGUGGCAACAACUGAAGUAGAAGUUGACAUCUUAACUGGUCAAAAAUUAAUAACCAACGUUCACAUAAUUGAAGAUAUUGGCGAGAGCAUGAAUCCUCUUAUCGACAUAGGACAGCUGGAAGGUGCUUUCGUUAUGGGGUUAGGAUAUCACACCACAGAAAAAAUUGUACACGGUUCUCAAGGUCAGGUUUUAACAAACAGAACUUGGAACUAUUACCCACCAGGUAUGAAGGAUAUUCCAGUAAAUUUUAACAUCAAAUUCCCGGAAAAUAAUCCUAAUGAAGUUGGAGUGUUGCAUUCAAAAGCAAUUGCUGAGCCCCCUUUGUGUUUGAGUAUUUCCGUGCCUUUAGCCAUUAGGAAUGCUGUUGGGUAUGCUAGGAAGGAGUCAGAUAGUACUGCUGAUAGGUGGUUCAGGUUUGAUGGAUGCAGCAAUAUCGAACAAACCUUUUUGGAAAGUUUAAAUGAUUAUAAAGAAUAUUUAUUGUAAUCAAUUUUAUCUGCAGACAUGAGUUAGGUAUAUAAUUUGUUUGUAAAAUAAAAUCCUACAAAAAACAGGUAAAAUUUAAAAUUUUAAAAAUCAUAUAUAUCUUAAUAAAUAAAAUAAUCACUAUUGUCUAUUGAUAGCCUCCGUGCUACAGCACUAAUUAGAAUAUAAUAAUUGUUAUUGUAUUGUAAAUACAUCUCCAUUAUACAGUCACCAACAAGUUAAUAAAUGUAUUGAACUUA